AGUUGUGUUGAUGCUAGUUAACUCGUUCCUCUCUUUAAACUUUUAGCGUAUCAAAUAGAAAUCAGAGCAUUAGUCUUAAAAGUCUAAUCUGAUUAAUCUUCCCGGUUUUUGUUUUUUAAUUGUGAGAGGAAGUAUUGCCUGUUUUAGUGCGGAACCAUUUCUCUUUCGUUUAUCUGUGAAUCAGAAAAUAACAACUGUCACGUUUGUUUGUUAUUGUCAUUACUGUGAUGUCUCGAAAUGUUUCAAAUGACCAGCGUUACAGCGAGGGUGAGUUAUCUGAUAGCCCAGAUUUCCAAACCGUAAAAGAAGUUGACGAAUAUGAAUCAAGCCUGUCACUUUCUGAAGAAGAACAGAAUUGUGACACACUUGCAAUCAAGCCACCUCAACCUCAGGCUGACUACUCUGGUGAUGAUAGGGCAAGGAAACGUAAAGAGCUGAGCUCUAGUUACCACCAAACUACUGGUCACCAUAGUUCAAGUAGAGCCAUUAAAAACAAAACAAAAGAGUUAAAAAAGGAUGUUCACAGAAUGGAAGCAAAGGAAAGGCAUGAUUCAAAAUAUGAAGACAGGCGUGUUAAAGAUCCUAGAAAAGAAGACCUUAGAGAAAGACUUGAAAGAGACAGAAGAUCUAGAAAGAGCAAAGAUCCUGAAGUGCAUUACGAAAGUAGAUAUUCUGAAGGGAAAAGGCAACAUGACGUACGAGGAACAAGAAAAAGUGACUCGAGAUCAAGCAAGCCUGACAGCAAUGAAUUUGAAGGAGCAAAAAUUGAUAUUGAAGAGCACAGUAGCCAUAAAGAAAUAAGGAAAAGAAAAAAACAAAUGGAUCGCAAUGUUUUACUGAGUAGUCCAGAAGAUGUUCAGGUAGAACCUGAAACAAGGACAGUUAACAAAGAUAAUGUGCGUGUUUCCAAAGCCUCUGAAGAUAGCUGCGAUGAAGAUAUCAUCUCAUCAGGAAGUAGUUCUUCAAGAUCUUCUACAAUCCAUGAAGAAGCUUUUGCUGUUCUGCAAGGAAGUACAACUCCUACAAGUCCUAACUUGUCACGUGGAGAUCGUGAACUCUAUAAAGAACCGGAGCAAAAGCGCAAAAAGAACGAAUCAGGUUCAGUUGAAGAACUGAAUAAAAUGGAGAUAACAAACACAUCACUGGAUGACACGGAAAAUAAAGAAGAGCUUCCGCCUUACUUACCGGCUAUUAUGGGAUGUCGCAGCGUUGGUGAAUUUCAAUGCCUCAACAAGAUUGAAGAGGGUACUUAUGGAGUGGUUUACAGAGCGCAAGAUAAAAGGACUGAUGAAAUCGUUGCUUUGAAGCGCCUAAAAAUGGAAAGAGAAAAAGAAGGUUUUCCCAUAACCUCUCUACGUGAAGUCAGCACUUUACUGAAGGCACAACAUGAAAAUAUUGUUACCGUUCGUGAAAUUGUAGUUGGAAGCAACAUGGAUAGCAUUUUUAUGGUUAUGGACUAUGUAGAACAUGAUCUAAAGUCAUUAAUGGAAGUUUUAAAAUCAAAAAAACAAUCUUUCUUACCUGGUGAGGUCAAAUGUUUACUCCAACAAUUAUUGCGUGCUGUGGCUCACCUUCAUGACAAUUGGAUUUUGCAUCGAGAUUUAAAGACAUCAAAUAUUCUUUUGAGUCAUUCGGGUAUCCUUAAAGUAGGAGAUUUUGGUCUUGCCCGAGAGUAUGGCUCACCUCUGAAGGCGUAUACAUCGAUUGUUGUAACAUUGUGGUAUCGGGCACCGGAGCUGCUACUUGGAAUCAAAGAAUACUCAACUCCUAUAGACGUUUGGUCUGUUGGGUGCAUCUUCGGAGAACUUCUUACUCUUGAUGCCAUUUUCCAAGGGAAAUUUGAAGCCGACCAGAUAAAUAAAAUAUUCAAGGAACUAGGGACUCCAAAUGACAACAUCUGGCCUGGAUACAGCGAGCUACCUUUUGUAAAAAAAGCUUCUUUUACAAACAACCCUGUCAGCAAUUUACGUAAAAGAUUCUCGUCUCGACUUAGCGAACUGGGAGUUGAUUUAAUGCAAAAAUUUUUGACGUACGAUCCUGCGAAGCGUAUUUCUGCUGAAGAAGCUUUGAAUCACACUUAUUUGAAGGAACCCCCUUUCCCUAUACACCCAUCGAUGCUUCCUACUUGGCCUGCCAAAAGUGAAUCGAACGGUGCACGAAAGGCCCAAAGCCCAAAGCCACCUUCAGGUGGAAGGGCAUACAAACAGUUGAACGAAGAAGUGGACGUCGACUCUAAUACAGGAUUCCAUAUGGGUAGCGCACACGUUGAUCGCAGAGCUAACCUUCUAGGUCCGGGAUUUAGUCUGAAAUUCUGAUAGUUUUGUAUCACAUCAUUAUGGCGUUGUAAGAAUAAUAAAAUCCCAUGUUUUUUCUCGUAACAA